AUGGCCACCGAACUUGCCGUCCAGAGCGAGCGCGCUUACCAGAAGCAGCCUCACAUCUUCCAGAACGCCAAGAAGGUCCGCAAGACUGCCCGCGCUGGCAAGAACGGCCGCAGAUGGUACAAGGACGUCGGUCUGGGUUUCAAGACCCCCAAGACCGCCAUUGACGGCACCUACAUCGACAAGAAGUGCCCCUUCGUCGGCGAGGUCUCGAUCCGCGGCCGUAUCCUGACCGGAACCGUCAUCUCGACCAAGAUGCACCGCACUCUCGUCAUCCGCCGCGAGUACCUCCACUUCGUCCCCAAGUACGCCCGUUACGAGCGCCGCCACAAGAACCUCGCCGCACACGUCUCGCCCGCUUUCCGUGUCGAGGAGGGUGACCAGGUCACCGUUGGCCAGUGCAGACCUCUCUCCAAGACCGUCCGCUUCAACGUCCUCCGCGUCCUUCCCCGCACCGGCAAGGCCGUCAAGCAGUUCUCCAAGUUCUAA